AGUUUUCCUUCCAACCUUACUUUUUGCGAAUACCAUGGACGUACACGUGGGUGUCACUUCGACACUGUUUUCUGCUGUUUUACGACGAAAUUCGGAUGAUAAUACACUUCCAAGUGUGAUUAGAGCUGUGUCUGAGCUACAGAUACUUCAAACAUCGUCAAAAAAUGUUGAAGACUGGAUUGGCAAAGUAAACACCGCUUUGAACUCAAGGAAGACCAGAUUAGAGGCAUUGUGUUUAUUGAGAUUGAUUACUGAGCAGUGUUCCAGUGAAGUGUUCAGCCAACACUGCAUGUCAUGGCUGCGAAUUCUACUACUUCAAGUGUUACAGUCGCACAACUCUGUAAAAGUUCUUCAAGUUGGCUGUUCAGUGAUGAUGCAAAUUCUCCAGCAAGUGUCGCAAUUCUCUGAGAUGUCAAGAGAAGUGUCUACUGAAGUCAUGCCAUCACUAAUCCUCUGUUUAUUAAGAGACUCUAAAGAGUGGUUAGUGUCUGCCUUCCAACUGCUUGGAGCCUGUAUGCGCUGCUUUCCUGGCCCUUGUGGUCAAUUCAAGACCAAGAUAGAGGAUAUGAUACUGCCUGCAUUAAGCGACCGUAAUCCUGAGAUCUCUAAGGCAGCCUCACAGUGUUAUUCCCUGCUGGCCAUGAUUGGAGGCGGAGGAAAUGCCGGAAUCAAACAUACCGAGGCUUGGACUCACUACUUUGAUCGUUUGCUUGUCUCGGCUCAUAGUGUCCUUGCUUCUUUGUAUGAUGGCCUAGAAACUGAGAGCUAUUUCUUGCCAUCAUUAGAAGGCAUAAGGCAUUCAGAUGUUUCUGACAUUGAACCUUCAAGAACCUUUCAUCUUGCUCAUCACUUUGAUGUUCUGUGCUCAUGUAUCUGCAACAUGCUCCAAUGGCCGUAUGAUUUUGUUGCUAGGGUACCAUUACCUGAGGUGAUCAGUCUUUGCUGUAGAUGUUUCACCGUUCAACCUUAUAUGCUGUCUACUGAGCAUUCUGUACUGUUGGCAAAUCUAUUCGUUCUACAGAGGGCAGCAUUGGAUAUAUUAUCAGCGCUAAUCACAAGCUGCCGCAGCAAUCUCAUACCAGAAGGACACACUAUCAACCAAUUGCUUCUUCAGUCUUUACAGUCAACAAAUUCAGAGGCAAAACACUCUCAGAAACCCUACAGUAUCUUGCGUACACAAUUGUAUACUGUUCUUGAAAAAUGGAUAACAGCGUUAGGAACAGCAACAGGAGUCGAAGGUCAUGUAGAAAAGUUGGUUGACUUAAUUAUUCAAGACUGCACUCCACCAGUGAAUCCAGUUGGGUCAUUGGUUAUAGGUCAAGGAUUCAGCAAUCAACAGGUCAACUUAUUGACCAAUAGUGAAAUCUGUGAGGCUGCUCUUAAAGUUUUGAGAAUUCUGUUACUUUCAUGUCAGUUGAGUCCAGCUCAACAUAAGGUAAUUCAAGAAUUUGCAGUGAGUCAGCUUCUGAAAAUUCACCAGCACAACCGAGACCUCCCUGUGCCCUACAAUUCGCACAACUGCCGAAAGGAGCUCUAUCAUGUAUUACUUGCACAGAUUCUAACGCCACACCCAAGAUGGCCACCGUCGCUUCACUGUGCUGUGCAGUUGUUCCGCUUUGGCAGACAAGAUUCAAGCUCACAAGUGGCAGGCUUCUGCACUGAAGCCAGUAUUACAUGUGUAGCUAUAAUGCAUCCAAAAGUGCCUAGUCUACAUUCCAGGCUCCCUAAAUUCCAGGAUGUAGAGAAACAACCAGAGAAAAGGCUAGAAAUUUCUAGUUCAUCAGUUGUUGAUUUGCAGCAGAACAACAUGGAAAAUGAAAUUGUAAGGGGCAACACAUCAUGUGAUGAAAGGAAACAAAUCCAAACAGAUGUUCAAAAGAGAUCUUGGACUGAUGUACCAGAAGUUACAGAAACUGUUAAUAAGCGAACAAAACAUGGUGAAGAGCAACAAAUUGUAGAUGGGGAUAUUGAAAAGAACACUUCUGUUUCUUUCAUGACAAAGAAAAUGGAAAUUGUAGACAACAAUGAUUGUAAGAAGGACAGUCACAGUGAAGAUGAAGCUAACAAAAGCAAGGAGAUAGUAACAUUAUUAGAUAGUGUUAAAGAUCAAAACGAAAUUAACAAUGAUGAUAAAGCCAACGAUAGUGAAAAGCUAGAAACAUCCUUAAGUUGUAUUGGAAACCAAAUCUCUCAGCAACAAAUUGAACAGCCAUCUGAAAGUCCUGUACAUGGGAAAUAUAAAAAGAAGGUUGAAAGUGAAGAUGAGGAAGAAAUGCUUGUAGAUUUUGUAGACAAACCAGCAUCAGACACAUAACAUGUCUCCAGUUUUCCACGAGUCUGUGUAGACUCCUGGCAAUAGACAUGUUCUGUUGCACCCCUUCAAUAAUUUUUGCAGCCCUGGUUGAAUGCAUAUCUUUUAUCAUUAUCUGUUCCCUCCAAUUAGAGAUUUCCUCUACUUAAAGACCAAAGACAGUGAUUUUGGUGGACCUAAUUGAAAUUCCCUCCAAUUGAAUAUUAUAUGACUUGCACAUAAAUAUUAGCCAAUGCACUAUUUUGUGUAUAUAGAAUAAUGAUAAUGUUAGUUGAAAUGUUAGGCCAAAAAAAAGUAAAAUUGUGUGUUUGCCCUCCUCC